UGUGCAGUAUGCCUUGGCAGGCACCAGCACCGCACCAUCGAGUGCACCUCCACCCAUACCUGGAAUGGUCAACACCAAAUGUUUGCUGAGCGCAUCCGAAAGGGUUUGUGGACGAAAGACGGAAAACAAAUCUGCACAGGCUGGCAGAGAGACAAGGGCUGCAACACCCCCAGGCACAAUGCUUGCCACAUGUGUUCUGGAUGCGGCACCUCUACCCAUGGGGCCCAGAAGUGCCCUAGAGCACAGAAAGAG